AGAAAGUUGACUCGAUUCCACCCGCAGUGAAAUCAAGUCAUGGAAUAAAACCAUCAUGUCAUGCCACUGGUAGAGACUCCGCAUCCUACAACCCGGUGAGCCAUGUAUGGAAAAGUUUAUCCUGACCUGAUUUUGGGUGAACUUUGCUGGUCAGAGACCAUAUCAUCGUGUCGCACAUCUUACAAUCCAUGAGACGUCUUUGAUCGAGUUCACACCAGAGCAAUAUGCUGCGGAGUCAUCCAGCUCGGCGCUGGCAUGCCUUCCGGCAAUGCGCUCCAACACUCCGGCCUUAUUCCGGCCUUCAUCAAUUUCAACCCCAUAACCCGCCCCCAUGGAGACCUGUUUCCGCGUUGGAUGAAUGGGUCGAACGCGAUAUCCGGCCCAUAAGUCUACGGCAAUUGACCUUCUUUGGGCGGACCCUCACAGAGUCCCGACUUAUUAGCUCGGCUAACUACGUACGAACGGAGCUUCCCACAAGACUAGCACAUCGCCUGCGAGAUAUUCAAAAGCUGCCGUACGUCGUGGUAGCUAACCCUCAUCUAUCUCUCGUGUAUGAGCUCUACUAUAAAGCCUUCGAACGAUUUCGAACUAUUCCAGAGAUUAAAACACUCGAUGACAAUGACAAGUUUUGUGACAUCCUACGAAAGACGUUGAAGGAACAUCUCGUGGUGAUUCCAAGAUUGGCGAUGGGUGUUCUAGAGUGCCGCCAUCUGCUACGGGCAGAUGUAUUGGAUCAAUUUAUGAAUACCCUACUACGCGCAAGAAUCUCUCGUCGAGUCAUUGCGGAGCAACACCUGGCAUUGACGGAGACAUUCAAUUCCCCGUGGCACUUUCCUGGCUCUCAGGAUCGCACAGAUCUUAAUGCAGACUAUGUCGGGGAAGUCUUCCUCAAAUGCAACGCAAAGGAGGUCAUUGAGCGCUGUGGCAAACUUGCGCAAGAUAUGAUGCGUCAGGCGUCAGGAACCGAGAAGAUCCCAGAAAUUUCCGUACAGGGCCACCUAGAUGCCACAUUUCCUUACAUGUUGAGCCAUCUGGAAUAUAUAAUUGGCGAGCUUCUACGGAAUUCGAUCCAGGCCGUAAGUGAACAGUAUAAUGGCUUGCCUGAGAAACCACCACCCAUUGAAGUGCUCGUAUGCGAAGCGCCGCAACAUGUAAUACUGCGGAUUUCCGACCAGGGUGGAGGAAUACCUCGCGAGGCUCUGCCGUAUCUGUGGUCCUUCAACAAAGGUCCCCACAGCAAGGCACGACUACAAAACCUGGAACAGGUGCCCGCAAUGGCCGCCACAAUGCAGGAGCUGACCGUGCCGAAGGAGACGAAGCGGGCCGACAAGGAAACUUUCCGAGAGAGCUCUCUUGACACGCUUACCUCCCGGCCGCCCAACCUCCGCCUGGGUAUGGGGCUCCCUAUGAGCCGAGUAUAUGCCGAAUACUGGGCAGGCAGCCUUGAACUGCACAGUUUAGAAGGAUAUGGUGUGGAUGCAUUUCUCCAGAUAUCCAAGCUUGGCAAUAAGAAUGAGCAAGUCACUACAAGGGCAUCGAUUGAUGCAGUGUGAUUCACGUGGUUUUUCUUUGAACAUUUUUUUUGUGAUAUGUAUGAUGAUACCUAUACCUAUAUAACCAUAGUUAUAAAAUAGACCAAUGUGAAAGCGACGACUUAAAUUAGCCACAGACCCACUUCCCCAGGUUUUCGCGCAGCAACCGAACCUAAACGGGAUACACAGGGAAUCCAUCCGGCUUUUGGAC